AUGCCGCCUCUCUUGUUGACAUCUGAACUCAACUUGUAUUUGCCCCUGAGGUCUCGCCUUUGGAGGGCAGAGACUGCUUGGCAGUGGCAAGAGCUUCGACAGUCGACACCCAUUGCCGAAAUCACAGUGCACGAGGCUUUCUCUCGCCUGUUCGGCCGCACGAACGAGGGUGUCCCGUCGCAAUUAUCGUCGCUGGGCAACUACGUCUUGAUCCAUGCGCUGCUCCAACACGUCUACCUGCUCAAGCAAACAUCCUUUUCGGCUGGCUCGCCGUACGACAUGCACCGCACAUUGAAGCCCGACGAUGUCGAGGAAGUUGCACAGGCUCUGCGCGUCUGGCAGACCAGCUUUGAGCACCGGCAUCAGCUACGGUCGGCCGAGUCCGGGCACUUUGGCGGGACGGAAUCGAUACCAGGCGGCUCAUUGGCGUACAAUGCGUCCGCGUUGCUUCGCUUGGCUUAUAUCAGGCUGUACAUUGACCUUCCGCCUGGCCGGGCUCUGGAGACGAGGGACUGGGCGCUCAUUGCGUCGAGAUUGAGCGCGACACCUCUCCUCAUGAGGAGCCUCCGUCUGCACCGUGCUGUGUACCAAGCUGUCCACGCGCUGUCAAGGCUUGUCAAAGCCGGCGUGGCGUACGUUGCGCGCGCAAAGUCCUCUGAAUGGAGCAUACAGAACUCGCUGUGCAACUUUGAGUGCGCCAUUCUGCUCGCCAACUGGCUGCUCACCCUCGCCUCGAUCGGCCCCUCGGACCCGCAGGCAUCUCCCGAGGAGAAGAACUUACUCGACACCGUCCGCCGCAUGCUUGACGAAACCGAAUUCGCCGUGCCUGUCGACCCAUCAUUGUCCGGCCCUGGGAACACUGGCGGCCACAUGGAGAUUGCGAACAGCGACAAUGCCAAGCUGCGACAGCUGGCUGCUGCCGUCGUGCGACUCUGGGCAGAGACUUUCAAGGGCACGCACAUAUUUGACAUGGUCAAGGUCAUGGGCUUGAGUCUAGACGGCUACGCUGAUCUGAUUGAGAAGCCGCGAGAGCGCACGCCGCUCGGUAGGCUGGCACCCGAGGCGGGCAUGAAUUGA